AGUGUCUGAUCAGUGCUCCAAAUGAUUUCUACUUGCGAAGAGUUAAAUAAAAUUUUCCAUUGAUAUUAUGCAAGUGGUCUAUCUAAUUAUUUUAAUUUGUAUACACAAUUAAACAAAGCAAACUAUAAAAUCAUGUAAAUUAAUUUUAAAAUUAUUAUCAAAUGUUUGAAGAAAAAAAAUAUUUAUGUAACAUUAUUGGUGAUUUAAAUAAACAAUGUUAUUAAAUUUAAAAAACUAUAUUAAUAUAUUUCACAAAAAUUUAUAUAAAAUGUUAAAAAAGAUUUCAAUUAUUGCGUAAAAAUAAUAACUAAAAAAUAAUUUAAAGAAAAAACUUUUUUUUUAUAAAAUAGUGUUUAAAAAAAAUGAAAACCAUGGAAAUUAUAAUUAAAAUUUUAAUUUUUUCGGUGUAUAUACAAGUGGGCUAUAGUGAUGUAAGUGAAGAAGAAAAUUUAAAUAAAUCAUUGACUGAAAUGACCCAAGUUGUACCAUUUGCAACAACUGAAUCAUUCAGAUCAUCCAGAGCAUACAGAAGAGAAGAAGACGACGAAGAAGAUGAUGAAAAAGAUGAUCAUGAUGAUAAAGACAUGAAAAAUGAUACAACUGAAUCAAAAUCAGUUGGAAAAAAUGAUAAUUGGGGUGGUUAUUAUGAUUUUUUAAUAAACGAAGGAAGUUACAAAUUCUGGGCUGUUUUUCAGAUUGCUACUGCUGCUUUACUUGUGUACAGUGCUUUUGCUGCACUAUAUUAUGCCAAGGUUAAUCCAUCAACAACUGAUGAUUAUGAAGAUUAUUUUUUACGUAGAAAAAGAAGAAAAAGACGUUCAUUACCAUUAUUCUUUCCUUUAGAUAUUCAAACGUUUCAACGAAUAAUGGAAGCUCUUGAUACAAUAAAUCAAAAACAUAAAUAAAAAAAUCAAUUAAUUGAUAAAUAAAUUGUUAAAUAAAUAAAUAAUUAAUUAAUAAA